AUGACUUUCGGUGUGGCACUAGUAGGGGGAGGUAUCUGGGCCAAAGAGGAGCAUCUGCCGGCGGUACUCGCAUCGAAGGACUUGUGUUUGAAGGCAAUCUAUUCUCGGUCCCUGAAAUCUGCAGAAGAUGUUGCUCGGGCUUCCGGAAAGGAGGUUGAUCUGUAUUCGGACGACUCGAAACAAGGCUAUGAAGAUAUGUUGAAAGAGGAAGAUAUCAGCGCAGUGAUCAUAGCUCUUCCCAUUGCUUCCCAAGCCUCUUACAUCCGCACUGCGCUCUCUGCAGGAAAGCAUGUGUUGUCAGAGAAACCUGUGGCCGAAAACGUGACAGAGGCUAUGGACUUGAUCAAGUGGUAUAAUGAGCACAUUGAGCCUGACCGAAAAGCCACCUGGAGUGUAGCCGAGAAUUUUCGUUAUCUGGAUAGCUUCCGAUACGCUCGGGAGAAAGUCCAGCAUCUCGGGAAGAUAGUGGGCUUCCGUGUCAGGGUGUACGGCAACAUUCAGCAGGAUGGGAAAUUUUUCAACACUGAUUGGAGAAAAGUGCCCACACACCAAGGCGGCUUUCUGCUCGACGGCGGAGUGCAUUACACGGCUGGGCUACGGUACCUUCUUGGAACCGACACCUACAUCACUCGAUUGUCCGCCUUCACCACUCUACUAAAGGAGCACUUACCACCUGUCGAUACAGUUGAUGCCAUUCUCAAAACCAACACUGGAGUCCAAGGUACUUUUCAGGUGUCCUAUGGAACCAGCCUAGUAGGCCCCGAAUGGACGAUCGGGUGCGAAAAUGGGAGUAUAAGUGUUGAGGACUCCAAAAUCACCGUGCAGACACUGGAUGGCAAAGUGGACGUCCAGUUUGUCGAAGAUGAGCGGACAGGAGUCCCACCCGAAGUCCGACAAUGGGGACAGGCUCUAGCGGCCGGCAGGAUUAACCCCGAACAGAGUCCAAGCCAGGCACUGGCAGAUCUUGAGCUGAUUGAAUUGAUGCUUCGCAGUGGAGAAGCUGAGGGCCAGCUGCAGACGUGCCACUGUCAACAUUCAGUGAAUAUCUGA